GGUACGCGCACGCCCGCGGUCGCGUGCGUCACAACCAGGACGCGUGCCCCGCCGGUCAAGCUCGCCUGCCCGUCGGUCCCCGCGGCGGCGGCGGCUGCCCAGUGACAGCGGCUGCGGUGCCAGGCCGGCCGUGGUAGCGUAGGGUUGCGCGGCCCAGAAUCUCAGAGCCGGCCAAAGAGCGGCGCGACGUGAGGAAGGCCGAGCCGGGGCCGCGCGGGAAGAGACCUCGCGGGCGCAGAGCGAAAGGCCGGCGUGAGUGAGCGCGGAGACAGUGGCCGCCGGCGGCCCAACCCGUCUAUCCCCUCGGCCGCCGCCGGCAUGAGCCACAUCCAGAUCCCGCCGGGGCUCACGGAGCUGCUGCAGGGCUACACGGUGGAGGUGCUGCGACAGCAGCCGCCUGACCUCGUCGAAUUCGCUGUGGACUACUUUACCCGCCUGCGCGAGGCCCGCGCCCCAGCUUCAGUCCUGCCCGCCGCCACCCCACGCCAGAGCCCGGGACACCCCGCGCCAGAACCCGGCCCGGACCGUGUCGCCGACGCCAAAGGGGACAGCGAGUCGGAGGAGGACGAGGACUUGGAAGUUCCAAUUCCUAGCAGAUUUAAUAGACGAGUAUCAGUCUGUGCUGAGACCUAUAACCCUGAUGAGGAAGAGGAAGAUACAGAUCCAAGGGUGAUUCAUCCUAAAACUGAUGAACAGAGAUGCAGACUUCAGGAAGCUUGCAAAGAUAUUCUCCUUUUCAAAAAUCUCGAUCAGGAACAACUUUCUCAAGUUCUUGAUGCCAUGUUUGAAAGGAUAGUCAAAGCUGACGAGCAUGUCAUUGACCAAGGAGAUGAUGGAGACAACUUUUAUGUCAUAGAACGGGGAACUUAUGACAUUUUAGUAACAAAAGAUAAUCAAACCCGCUCUGUUGGUCAAUAUGACAACCGUGGCAGUUUUGGAGAACUAGCUCUGAUGUACAACACCCCGAGAGCUGCUACCAUUGUUGCUACCUCAGAAGGCUCCCUCUGGGGACUGGACCGGGUGACUUUUAGAAGAAUCAUAGUGAAAAAUAAUGCAAAGAAGAGGAAGAUGUUUGAAUCAUUUAUUGAGUCUGUGCCCCUCCUUAAAUCACUAGAGGUGUCAGAACGAAUGAAGAUAGUGGAUGUAAUAGGAGAGAAGAUCUAUAAGGAUGGAGAACGCAUAAUCACUCAGGGUGAAAAGGCUGAUAGCUUUUACAUCAUAGAGUCUGGUGAAGUGAGCAUCUUGAUUAGAAGCAAGACUAAAUCAAACAAGGAUGGUGGGAACCAGGAGGUCGAGAUUGCCCGCUGCCAUAAGGGGCAGUACUUUGGAGAGCUUGCCCUGGUCACCAACAAACCCAGAGCUGCCUCAGCUUAUGCAGUUGGAGAUGUCAAAUGCUUAGUUAUGGAUGUACAAGCAUUUGAGAGGCUUCUGGGGCCCUGCAUGGACAUCAUGAAGAGGAACAUCUCACACUAUGAGGAACAGCUGGUGAAGAUGUUUGGCUCCAGCAUGGAUCUGGGCAACCUCGGGCAGUAGGUGUGCCAUACCCCAGAGCCUUCUUAGUGUGACACCAAAACCUUCCGGUCAGCCACAGAACACAUACAGAAAACAAACAUGACAGAACUGUUCCUGCUGUUGCCACCACUGCUGCCAUUGCUGUGGUUAUGGGCAUUUAGAAAACUUGAAAGUCAGCACUAAAGGAUGGGCAGAGGUUCAACCCACACCUCCACUUUGCUUCUGAAAGCCCAUUAUUAGACCACUUGUAAAGAUUACUCCAACCCAGUUUUUACAUCUUUGGUUCAAAACAGCAUGUCUCUCCAACAAUUUAAGUGCCUGAUACAAAGUCCAAAGUAUAAACAUGCUCCUUUCCUCUCUUGCUGCUACUCUUACUCUUUGGAAGUUACCACAGGGUCUGCAAAAACCUGUUGUGUAACUGUAGACACUCUCUGAUCGUUCUCAAAGGAGGAAAUGUAGCCUUCAGUCUCCUCAUUUGUCCCUUGAGAAAGUCCACAUUUGUUCACAGUCGCAGCCUGCGGUUUUACAGUGGGAAAUGGUGGUGGAUGGUGUGGACAUAUGUAGCCCAGUGGCAUUGUACUGUCUUUUUUUUUUUUUUUUUUUUUUUUUUGCGACGG